CAGAAACUACCCUCUUCUCCAGUGCAUCACAGCCGAGCAGGACGCGUGUGAACCCCGCCAUGGUGGACUGAUGUGUGGGUGCACCGCGGAGGGAGACUGCUCCUUUGUAAUCUAGUCCUGGUCGGUCAGUGAUGUUGCACCGGGGCUGGGUGUGCAGCAGGGAGGGGUAAGUCCUCUUGGUGCAACUAAAAGGCCUGCUUUAAACUGAAUCACCCAAUUCCUGCAGAGUGUGAGACCCAAUCAGGCUUCACGGUGGAAACGAGAAGAAGAGCAAAGAUGAACGCUGUGCGGGGGGGUGCAGUCACCUGGCGUCCCCAGCCGUGGCAGGACGGGGACGGGGGAGGAGGGGAACCUCUGUCCGACAGCGACUCGGAGGAGGAGGACUUCCCCGACGACAGCACCACACCGCUGGGAGACUACAUCACACACGGAUUGAAGCAGCUCCUGGAUGCUCAGCAGCUGUGUGAUGUCACUCUACUUGUGGAGGGCAAGAAGUUCAUGUGUCACAGAGUCCUCCUAGCGGCCGUGAGCCCGUACUUUCGGGCCAUGUUCACCAGCCCCCUGGUAGAGUCCCGCCUCACCGAGAUCCGACUGGAGGAAGUGACGCCGUCUGUCAUGGAGACUGUCAUCCAGUUCGUUUACACCGGUGAGGCGGGGCUCUCCCUGGAAACAGCCGAGGAUCUGUUUGUGGCGGCCAACCGGCUCCAGGUCAUGCCCCUUCAGGACCUGUGCUCCAGGUUUCUCUUCGAGCACCUCUCAGUGGAUAACUGUCUGGGGAUGUACUCUCUGGCUCGCUCCCACCACGACCAGCUGCUGCUGCGGGCCUCUCUGCGGCUGGUAGCUCAGCACUUCCCCCGAGUGGCCCGGCAGAAAGACUUCCUCCUGCUGGACCACGGCACCUUGGGCAGCCUCCUGAGCUCCGACCGCCUGGGGGUGGACUCCGAAGCGGAGGUUUACGACGCCGCCCGCCGCUGGGCGGAGCACCAGCCCUUAGACCGCUACGCCCACAUGCCGGCGCUGCUCCACCACCUGCGGCCGGGCCUGCUGUCCCAGGAGGAGAGCCGAAGACUCUGCCAGGAGUUGGGCCCCGCUGCAGCCGGCGAGGGCCUUGGGGGCCCUCUGAGACCCCGGGAGGGCAUGUUUGAGAAGAAGAUCGUCUGUGUGGACCUGACGCCUCGGGAAGAGGAGAAUUUAGCUGCGAGAGACUACACAGUGGACUGCUUUGACCCUCGGACAGGGAAGUGGGAGAAGUUAGCGGCGCUGGGUUCACUGGUCAGUCCCGGCUGUACGGCUGUAGGGGACCGGCUGUUUGUGGCGGGCGGGAUCCUGCGGACAGGCUCCGUGUCUGCAGCCGUGCACGAAUAUGACGCGGUGUUGGACCGCUGGAUAGAGAGGCCCUCCAUGGUCCAGCCGCGGGCUAUGCUCGGCCUGCUGGGCUGUGGAGAGUCGGUCUUUGCCUUGGGGGGUAGUAACCGCUCGGCUCUGCUGGACUCCAGUGAGACCCUGGAGCUCACCACGCUUCAGUGGGCUCCGGGGCCUCGGUUACCGCUCCCUCUGCGCGCCUUUGCCUGCUCGGCGUUACGUGGACGACUGUACCUUCUCGGUGGAACCACGCUGGAACAGAACCGGGCUGUGGUCCACUCGGGGGUGCUCAUUUAUCACACCCUGACAGACUGCUGGACACGAGUGGCUCUGGACUCCGGAGCCACCUGUCUCGCUGGAGGGGUGGCGGUGCGAGGAGGGGUGUGCGCCAUCGGGGGGUACAUGAGGGACACGACCAAGUUCCUGGAUGGAAACUACACCAAUCUGGAGACUUUAGACGCCACUGGGCGUGUGCUGUUUUUCAGGGAGGGCAGGGGGUCCGGGGUAGAGAGGGAGGUGACUGGGGGAGGGGUGAUGGUCACCGCGGAGCAGCGGGGUGGGGCAGGGGGCGGGAGCGACCGAGCCCCGAGCCCAGUGGUGUUUCCAGGGCUGCCGCGGCGGAUCGCAGCAGGGGGCGUGGCCAGGUGGAAACGCAGGAUUUACGUGUUGGGCGGGGAGAACGGCUCACGGUUCUACGACAGCGUGUACUGCUGGAAGCCCGGCUGGCGCAGCUGGGUCCAGAGACGAGAGAAACUCCCAGGGGACACUGGAGGGGUGAGCCAGUUCGGGUGCACCACUUUAAAGUUCCCUAAGAAACACAUCCUGUCCAGACUGAGACUAGCCAAAGAGAACUGCAAGAAGGCAGCUGACUAGCUCGAUAGGGACCAGCAGGAGUGAAGCGGAGGCAGCCGCUCAUGUGACACAGAGACGAGCUCCAGGCCGGGUUUGAAUUAGCUCCUCUUCUUUGACCUCACGAAAGUGUUGAGACAAAGUCACAAAGAAGUGACCUGUUUAUAUACUCUGCCUGCAGCCCAGAGGAAGCCUAUACUGGACUGGAUGCAGACAGAUGGUAUAAAAUGUGUUAUUGAUAGUCAAAUGUACAGACGGGGAGCAACUGGUUUAAAGUCAGGAAACAUGCACCUGAAUGUGAUCCAACACACUAUUUAUGAGAACACUAGAGUCCUUUUUAAAAGAGAGAAGGGCCUUUUUAAUUCAUUGUUUCCUUAAUGGUAAUAUUAUUUUCAGCUUUCUUGCUGGCGUAAUUUUUUCAAGGCUGUUUGAAAAACGUUUGAAUGCUGUGAAUCUUUUCAGCAGCGGUUAGUUUAGGACACAAGGAUACCGGCACGUCUCUGACCGCGCUAUGUUCCACUUUAUUUACCUUAACCGCGGUAAUGUAGGGCCUUUUUGAAACCGCACUCAAGGGCUGUAGAACUAAACAGUGAAGACGUCCUUAUUUCUGUCUGUGACUCACGAUUUGAAGCCCUGUAUUGAUCCUUUUAUCUCAGUGGAGGACAAUCGGUCAAAUCCUCACAGAAGCAGGAAACCUCAGUGGGUUUUGUGCAGCUCAUCAGUGGCUCAUUUGUUCAGGUUCAUCCCAGGACACUGAUCUCCUUUCAAAACCCUGCUCACUGGUCCCAGACAUGGCAGCCCAAGUGUUAAACUGAGACCAGAUAGUGUCUUUUUACAUUUUCGGUGUCCUGCCUCGAACAAGUGGAACAUAGCAUUGGAAGAAAUGUGCAAAUAUAGCUGGAUAACACGCACAAAAAUUGAAGAGAUAUCCAGAACAUCUUCCAUGUUAAUAUAUAUGAUAUUUGAGUAUAGAAGAUCUACUGUCAGAAGGGUUUGGUUGAUGUUCAUGAAGGUGUGAUGCAGAAAUAAAACUUGAACCGCGGCCUCCUUGUGUCUAAACCAGCGCACCUUUCCUAAACCUUCAAGCGAACAGCCGUCUUUACUUGACUCGGCAGCCGUGUACAAAUGACACUUUUUUUUAUUUCAGUUUGCUCCACAGGACUCGUGAAUGUGUUCUGCAUGGAGGUUAUGGGUUAUCUGAACACAGCACUGCACCUAAUUUAUUGAAAUGUAUUUUUAAAACUGUUUUGCUCUGACUACAGGAUGGCAUUAUGAGCUCGUCAAACAGAAGCAGAUGUGUUGAGGGUUUUUGAAAGUAACUUAAUUCUUAAAUUCUGAUUUAAUGAAAGCUUGCCCACAAAUGUAAGCACAUUGUUUUGCUAUAAGCUAUGUUUUCUUGUGUUUUUCUCUUAUUUAUUCACAUUGAUCAGAUCCAGACACUAGUGCAGGGGGAAAAAAUCACCAGCUGUGUGGGAAAACGGCACAAUUUUACCAGUGUGGUCAUCAGAUGGCAAACUACCAAACAGGGCCGGAAAAUAUGUGGACAUUUGGGGAUUCUUUGCCAUUAUGGAGGCACUCUAACUGCUGAAAUGGAGGACUUCAUGUCAGAAAGUCAUUGAAAGAUUUCUAUGACGUUGAAAUGAAUAAAUCUCACAUUUUUAAACGCAGCAGGGGAUUCUUUUUUUUAAAUUUCGAAUGACAUUUUCUCACCAUUUUAACAAGCAAAGUUUUCAUUACUUCAGGUCAGAUAUUAGUUUUCAGACAUGACUUUAGAUUGGUUACAGUAUAGAUACUGUGAUUAUGUUAUUAACCUAAUGCAAGAAAUUCUUUUUUUCCAAUCUCUUAUAACUGGGAUAAGACUCUAAGUGUGACUCUGUGUGACCUGGGAAGUGGAUUUAUUCAAGUUAACUGAAGUCUGGCAGUCUGAAACUUAGAAAUUUAAACCUGCUAUUAAGCAAUAAAAAAAAAAAAGACUCAAAUUAGAUGAGCUUUGUGGUCAGGUUUGUCUCAUAGCUCUGCACUAAAUCACAAACGAAUAGCAUCAAAAGAACUCUUAAUCAUUUUCAGAAACCCUCCCAUGUUGAACCUUCCAAAGUUACAAAGAGUCCCUGAUAAACAGAAGAGUGGAACUUCCCUAAUUUCCCAGCUAACGGCAGAUGUUUCUAGCGAUGACUCCCACAGAUAUCUCUAAACAGCUUGAUUGGGAUCUCUAAUGCUUUACUUUAUAUCAGUAGGUUGUUCACUAAACACACAAAUUAUAUAAUUCAUUUUUUUCUUCUCAUUUUGUUUGUUAAAGAGAUGUGAGCUUCAGUUUGUGUUUGUAGACAAAUUCACGUCACACUGCAGGGCUCGACGGUAACGUUUUGAGAAACUGGCAACCAUUCUUUUCGCCUUUUCUUUUUUUUUAUUGUGACAGCAAAACCCCAGUAUAAAUAUAUAUAUAUAAAACAAUAUUUACUGCAUUGGUGAAAAGAAAAUUUUGCUGUUGCAGUAAGAGCUAGAAUCAGACAAUGCUGCACGUGCGAUGGUGCAUUCACUGGCGUGCAAAUGGGCAUCUGGUCUGGAGACGAUGGGGAAGCAAAUGAAGUUAUUUAACUGUUAAAUUAAAAGUUUGAUUCACCCGUCAUCAUCACAAACAAAUAUGCAAAUUGAUUCAAUAGAAAAAGAACCAGAUGAACCUGAACAAAAAUGGAAAAUGAUACUGCAAAGUAUCUACAACGUACACAUGACAUGUACACAUUUUUAUUAUUAAGCCAAAUUAAAACUGCAAAAGUACCUUAAUUACUAAAAUAACAGGGGACUGAAAAUAACAACCAUAUUUCCUGUUUUGUUAACCAAAACCUUUAAAAGUCAGAGUCGAGCCCUGCAUUGUUUCUCUUUCAUUUCCAAUAACAUGCUUUGAAUUUUCACCUUGAAAUGUCAAAUGAGCCGUUAAAGGUGACCGCGUGUGUGUGUGUGCGUGCGUGUGUGUGUGUGUGUGUGUGUGUGCAUGUUUUCUAUGCCGAGGUGUAAAUCUGUUCACCACAAGCUCUUUUUGCACACUGUGUGUCCAUCCAGAGAAGUGAAGCUGCCCUCAUUUGUACAAUCUGAUCAAGUCUGUGAGCUGAAAGGCAAAUGGAUGUGUUGAUGGA